AUGACGUAUCUUGUAACGCAAAGAUCGAGCAGUAGCAAUGGAAAACAAAUAGAGGUAAAGGAGACGGAAGACAAACCAAAACACUGGGACCUCAUCGGCGACGGCUUAAAAUGGAUCGAAAAGCACGCGGAAAACGCUGAGAAGUUUUUUGAAAGAAUACCCGCAUUUAUUAGCACUUUUAUUGCCACGUUAGCGAUUUUCACCUUCGGCUCUACGUUGAGAGGAGAAUGGGUAGUGAUACUAGUGACGGCACUGAAGCAAAUCUCGGGACACACGCAGAGCGACCGGAAUGUCACCACGGAAGAGAUAUACAACAUGUUCACAUCUGAGAACCUCAAGAUGGAGAACUUCGCCUUCAUCUUCAUCGCGGCACACUGUGUAUCGUAUGGGACGUACUUUCUGCUGGGUGGUUUCUUGCAUUGGUACUACUACGUGCAGCGGCGGCACCGCGCGCACGAGUGGAAGCUGCAGCCGCGCAAGUGGCUCUCGGCCGAGCUGGAGCGGCACGAGAUCAUGGUGGGCGUGAUCUCGCUCUUCGUCACGGGCAGCUUCUCCGCCUUCCUCGCCGCCUACAUCGCCAACGGGAACCCCUCCACUGUGUACUUCCAGUUUGAUGAGUACGGCUGGUGGUGGUUCUUUUUGCAGUUCCCCGUCAUAUUUAUUUAUCAGGACUUCACGACGUACAUCCUGCACCGGCUGUACCACACGCCGUGGUUGUACGCGCGCUUCCAUAAGCUGCACCACAAGUACAAGCAGCCGACCGCCUUCUCCGUCACCGCGAUACACCCCGUCGAGAUCAUGCACGUGCAGCUCACCGACUGCCUGCCGCUCUUCCUCUUCCCGGUGCAUUGGCUGCCGUUCUACAUAGUGGCUCUGUACACGUACUACCACGGCAUCAUCGACCACUCGGGCAUCGACUUCCGCGCGGGCUGGUGGCAGCCGUGGCAGCCGCCCGCGCGCUUCCACGACCAGCACCACGAGUUCUUCCACUGCAACUUCGGCUUCAACAUGAUGAUCUGGGACAGGUGGUUCGGUACAAUGAGAAAAAUGGACCGCGUGUACACAGAAGAGACGUUCCACGGCGAAGCGCCCGCCCUCGGCUCGCCCGAAGCGAACAGGAUCAUACAGAACGACCCCGACAUCAGAGCAACCGUCGACAAAAUGAAAUCCAGCCUCAACCAAACUAAAUAGAUGCAAAUUGUUUUUAGUAUUAAACGUCUUUGAUCGUUGCAAUGAGUUCAUUAUUUACGACAGUCCUGUUCAAUCGAAAUAAUUAGACUUGUGUAUGUAAUAUUCUUUAAAAACCCAAUUAUUUACUACUAAAUUGAAUUUGUUAUAUCCACCUAUUCAAUCUUUUCCUUGAAAACGUUUAUUUCGA